CCAAAUUUAAAAUUUAAAAAGUUCGUUUCAAAAGCGCGCUAAAAGGCGCCAAGUUUGAUGUUCUGAAAUUGUUUGUGUUUGUGAUUUAAAAAAAAACAUGACUCGCAAAUUGUACGUGGUCUUUUUGAUGUUGAUAAUUUUUUGGGAAAUAGAUGGGAAAAGCUCUGAAGAGAGGACUCAGGAGACACGCGGUGUAAAAAGUGACGCAACCGCUCUGAUAUUCGCUGAUGAGUUCAAGCAGACAAUAGAACGAUAUCUGUUUGGGAUAUGCCCGCAGCCUUAUAAGGCCCGUUGGUUGCAGAUGCCGCUGGGUAAUAAGACCAAGAACGGAACAACCUUCACGUGUGACCUGGACACAGACCAGCAGGAUUUAGCCGGAAGAUUAGCAACGCUCUCGCUUCGCGCGCACUCCGCUUCGCGUUCGGACUGCCUUCGCCUCGGCGCGGUGUUAGCGAACACGCUCGGCGAACUGGCGCGAACGGCGGCUAGCAGACAGAUUUAUCUAUCUACAUCAGCCGCGGAAACGAAGAAACGAAAAUUGUCGAAGAGUCAGAAAAUGCAAAUCAAAGCGAAACAGCGAACCGCGCUCGCCGUAAAAAAGAAGGCAGCCGCCGCGGCCGCAGCCGCUGCCGCUAAAGUGGCAUCCUAAACUACCACACCCGACACUCCUGUAAUUUUCAUACAAAUAGUUACAUGUUUUAAACUAAAUUUUUAUUAUUAAAACGCUGUUCUGCCUUACUCUUAUCAUUUAGGAUUA